AUGUGUCCACCCGAAACCAUCACAUCCCUUCAUGCCUCCGCCGCUCCCCCACCCAGCAUUUCGUCCAUAAUCCCCACCACCGAGAUCAGCCAGGCAGCCUACGCGCACGCCGCCUCCCUCCUCCACCCAUCCAUCUUAAACCACAGCAUCCGCCUCUACAUCUACACCAAGAUGCUCGCAGCAUUCAAGAAAUCCAUUUACCACACCAACCCCGCCAAGCAUGACCAGCUCUUCGUCGCCUGCCUUUUCCACGACAUUGGCACUACAGAGACCUACAACGGCCCCCAACGUUUCGAAGUUGAAGGCGCUGACGCGGCCGUAGCGCACCUUUCCCAGUUCGGCGUAAGCGAGGAGGAUAAGCAGCAGGUGUGGUACACGAUUGCACUGCACACAUCUAAAGGGAUUGCUGAGCGGAUGGGCGAGCUGCCUACGCUUAUGAGGAGGGCGCUUCACGUUGAGUUCAGUAUAGGGGAUUGGAAGGAUGUCGAGGGUAUUGACAGUGUAGUUGAGUUCAAGGCGAAAUUGGAUGAGACGUAUCCCAGGUUAGAUAUUGAGAAGGUCUUGGGCGAUGCGGUUGCGCUGCAGGCGGUCCAGAAGCCGGAGAAGGCGCCGAGUGCGUCGUGGCCUGGAGGGUUGUUGAGGGCGUAUCUGGAAGACCCGGAUUGGAAAGGCGUCAACAAGGAAUUUUGA